AUGUCCCUCCACGCCACCCCAGCCUACUCAUCCCGCAUAACAAGACCAAGACGAAGAUCCGGACUGGCAGCCCUAGGCCUAAAGCGCAAGACACCCUCUCCUUCAAACCCAACCCCAAAACAACUCUCCUUAUCAUCUGAGCCCUCAGCCUACAACGACGACCAACCCCCCUCUCUACUCACAGACCUCAAGUUAUGCGAUAUCCCGCAGACCAUAACUUCCAUCCACACCCACACAUUCUCCCCUCUCCCCACAUCCCCCUCCCUCUCCUCCACCCUCACAUCCCGUAUCCUCAACCACCGCCUCCGCCUCCCACCUUUCAUCUCUCUCGCACAUCUACACGCCAUAUCCGCCUCUGCCACCAGCGUCGACCGCGAGAUAUCUUUGCUGGUGAGCACCGGCGUACUGCGGCGUGUCGUAAUACCUCACCGCGCCGCAUCUGGUAUCGGCGAAGGCGUAGUCUGCGUUCGAGAAUGGCAGCGACUUAUUCAGGAGAACAGUGAAGUACCAGCAGAGUUGAAAGAAAAAUACACGACUUCUCUCGCCUCACCUCGCUCAGCGCUAGAUUUCGCACCCAAAGAACGCGAGAUACUCCUUUCAACGGGGUUCCUGACAUGCGACGCCACGGCGCCAAACGCGACGUACACAUUGUCGCUCCCGAAUAUGGGCUUGUAUGUCAAACUAGUAUCAGACGCACGUAGCCACCUUGUCAAGCUGGUUAAGCAAAACGCACACGGGACGAUGCCGCUGUGCGAUGUAGCCGAGCGCUGGAACGGCGGCGUCAUUGAAGAGGGGGAUGUGCAGGCUGAGGGCAAAAAAGUGCGGGGAGAGUUCCAGGGCGUGCUGCCUGGACGGACGAAGCGGUGGAAGCGGUUUUAUGGGAUGAGGGUUGAGUGGGUGGUGGAAGAGUGUGUGGGGGCGGGGUUGGUCGAGGUGUUUGAGACGGGGAGUGUGGGAAGGGGAGUGAGGGUUGUGAGGUAG